CCGGGGCCCGCCUGGCGACACGCCCCUUCCGCAGCUAUAAGCGCCCGGGCCGGCGCUCCAUCCCUGACCUCGCGCCCCGCCGCCGGGACCGUCAGCCGCGCGCCGCCUUCGCCAUGGAGCAGCUGAGCACAGCCAACACCCACUUUGCGGUGGACUUGUUCCGCGCUUUGAAUGAGAGCGAUCCUACUGGAAACAUCUUCAUCUCUCCCUUAAGCAUUUCCUCAGCGCUGGCCAUGAUCUUUCUGGGGACCAGAGGCAAUACAGCGGCACAGGUGUCCAAGGCACUUUAUUUUGAUACUGUUGAGGAUAUUCAUUCAAGAUUUCAGAGUCUGAAUGCUGAUAUCAACAAACCUGGAGCUCCCUAUAUUCUGAAACUCGCUAAUAGAUUAUAUGGAGAGAAAACCUAUAAUUUCCUCGCUGAUUUCUUAGCUUCAACUCAGAAGAUGUAUGGUGCUGAAUUGGCCAGUGUGGAUUUUCAGCAAGCCCCUGAAGAUGCAAGAAAGGAGAUAAAUGAAUGGGUCAAAGGACAGACAGAGGGGAAAAUUCCGGAACUGUUGGUCAAGGGUAUGGUUGAUAACAUGACUAAACUUGUGCUGGUGAAUGCCAUCUACUUCAAGGGAAACUGGCAGGAGAAAUUCAUGAAAGAGGCUACGAGAGACGCACCAUUCCGAUUGAAUAAGAAAGACACAAAAACAGUGAAAAUGAUGUAUCAGAAGAAGAAAUUUCCAUACAACUACAUCGAGGACCUCAAGUGCCGUGUGCUGGAGCUGCCUUACCAAGGCAAAGAGCUCAGCAUGAUCAUCCUGCUGCCAGACGACAUUGAGGAUGAGUCCACGGGCCUGGAGAAGAUUGAGAAACAGUUGACUUUGGAAAAACUGCGUGAGUGGACCAAACCUGAGAAUCUGGGUCUCGCUGAAGUCAAUGUCCACUUGCCCAGGUUCAAGCUGGAAGAGAGCUACGAUCUCACCUCCCAUCUAGCCCGCCUAGGUGUACAAGACCUCUUUAACAGGGGCAAAGCUGAUCUGUCUGGCAUGUCAGGGGCCAGAGAUCUUUUCGUAUCGAAAAUUAUCCACAAGUCCUUUGUGGACCUGAAUGAGGAGGGUACGGAGGCUGCGGCAGCCACAGCAGGCACGAUCAUGCUCGCCAUGCUGAUGCCAGAGGAAAAUUUCAAUGCCGACCAUCCAUUCAUUUUCUUCAUUCGGCACAAUCCCUCAACUAACAUCCUGUUCUUAGGCAGAUUUUCUUCUCCUUAGAGAAGGUGGAAGUACAAGGUAAAGCUUAGAGCUUUAUUACCUGCUAGUAUUAUUACCAUUACUUUUAAUAGUGACAGUUUUCAUAUAUCUUUACCAAUAAAACUACUAUCCAAAAACAAAUCUUUAAUUUCGUUUGUAAGUUCAGCUCUGUUGGCUGUUGCACCCCUUAACUUUGGCGUGGGUAGCUAUUUUCCUUUUUUAUGUUGAAAAAAUCUAGUUAUUGCUUUUGGAUGCAUCAAGUUAAAAAAUAAAAAGACUAAAUCAAAUUUAUAGAUUCUUGAUAAUGCAGUAAGCUAUGAAACUACUAUACUCUCCUGAUAGUGGUGGGAAACAUUAUAAUACUGUAAUUUAUUUUACAGAUAGACUUUUGGAAGCCAUAAUAGAGAGAUGCUCUGAUUGUUGAAGGAAGGCUUAAAAACAGAUAUUCAAUUGAAAUAUAGUAAAGCACCCCAAUUAAGGCCUGGGUUGUGCAGACAAACUCGUCUUGGCCGUUGUUUCUAACCCUUUGUUCCACAGGGUUAGUGUCCUAGGGCAGCACUCCAAUUUCAAACUGUUAGCCACCUGGUGAUACCCUGCCUUCUCUUUUUUGUUCUCCUUUAUCCUACCUGACAUGUAUUUUGUGUAGGAUCACAUGGGGUCAGAAAGUAGGUGUUCUAUCAUAAAAGAUACCAAGAAACGACAAAAAGGAAAAUGCGGUAGGAGAGACUGUUAAGCAAAGGGGCACAAAGAUCUCACUGUUACCCAGCUUCUUGCGUUUUCUGAUGAAGGCUCUUGCCUUCCAUUGUCUGGUAAGGUUGUUACACCAGUGCGAUGGCUUUAUGCAAUGUUGUGGUGGGAGAUGGGGUUCUUUUAUUAAUAUAAACCUUUGUCAAAUGUUUGAAUGGGGCUGAAAAUGCUGCAUUUUCUUGCUCCCACAAAGCUGGUAUGCUGGUUAAUAAAGUUUCCUAAGAUUCUGCAA